AUGCCUGAAGAUCCAAGCUCGAAAGUCUCGCCGUUCGUCAUGAAGCUGAGGUCUGCUCCGCCUGGCUAUUUCUUCCGACCCGAAAGGCCACCACCUCAUACUGAUCCAUUCGUUGCACCCACCGGGCCUUAUUUCUUCUACGGCACCCUGUCUGAUCCCGCUAUGCUCCGCGAUGUCCUUAGCUUAGAAACUGUGCCACAACUUCGACCCGCCACCAUUACAGGCUACGAAUGCAAGCUAUGGGGCCAGUAUCCAGCUCUCCUAGAUGCCCCAGGAAACGUUGUUCAUGGGGCUGUCUAUCAUGUCGAGACAGAAGAGCAUGGGGAGAGGCUUGCCAGCUAUGAAACGGACAAUUAUCGGGCCGAUCCGUGUCGCAUCAAAUAUGCAGACGGGAAUGAGCCUGUGGAUGGCUUUGGUUAUGUUUUUAACUUUGUCGGCAAUAUCAAAGACUUGAGUGACGGCAUCUUUGAUCUAGGGACCUGGCUAAGGAGCGUGAAGAGGGUAGCUGACGACUCAUCAGAUGUUAAGUAG